AUGAAUGAGCCGCGAUUACGAUGCGGCGCGCGCGCUCCCGCGCUGCCCGCGCGAGCGCUGAUUGGCUGCGGCGCGCCAUUGACGUCACAGCGGGCCUCGGGGCUGGGGGGGGCCGUGAGUCACCCCGAGCCCCCCGGACCCCCCCGGCCCCGCUCCGCUAUAACUCGGCGGCGCCCAUGGCAGCGGGGCCCCAGCCGGGCAGCCAGCGCAGCGCGGGCCCGGCAGCGCGGCAGAAAAAUCUCCUCGGAGCAAACAGCGAGCACAUCCUCAACCUUCACUGCCCUGCCCACCCUCCUGAAGACAGCUUUUGGAGGGGUCCUGUCCCGUCUGGGUGGCACGGGGGCAGCUCGUGGACAGCAGGUCUUGCAGGCCACCUUCUGCCAUCAUGAUGGAGAAAGGGCCCCCCAACUCCAGCGAAGGCCAGCAGGGCUGGUUCUCAGCCAGGAACGGCAGCGGCAGCUCCUUGGAUCUGGAGUCCGUGGUGCAGCCCCUCGCCCUGAACCCGUGGGACGUUGUCCUCUGCGUCUCGGGGACCGUCAUCUCCUGUGAGAACGCCAUCGUGGUGGUGGUUAUCUUUUACACGCCGGCCUUCCGCGCCCCCACCUUCCUCCUGAUCGGCAGCCUGGCUACAGCCGACCUGCUGGCAGGUUUGGGGCUGAUCCUGCACUUUGCCUUCGUGUACUUGGCCCCGUCGGAGGCGGUCAGUCUGCUCACCGUGGGGCUGCUGGUCACCUCCUUCACGGCCAGCGUCAGCAGCCUGCUGACCAUCACCAUCGACCGCUACCUGUCCCUCUACAGCGCCCUGACCUACUACUCGGAGAGGACGGUCACCAGGACUCACAUCAUGCUGAUCCUCACCUGGGGAGCCUCCAUCUGCUACGGGCUGCUGCCCGUCCUGGGCUGGAACUGCCUGCAGGAGCCCUCGGCCUGCAGCGUGGUGCGCCCGCUGACCAGGAGCCACCUGGCGCUGCUGUCCGUGUCGCUGCUGGCGGUGUUCGCCGUGAUGCUGCAGCUCUACGUGCAGAUCUGCCGUCUCGUUUGCCGGCACGCGCAGCAGAUCGCCGUGCAGCGCCACUUCCUCGCCAGCUCCCACGAUGUCACCACCCACAAGGGCAUCGCCACGCUGGCCGUCAUCCUGGGCACCUUCGCGUCCUGCUGGCUGCCGCUGGCCGUGUACGCGCUGCUGGGCGACGCGCGCUCCCCGCCGCUCUACACCUACGCCGCGCUGCUCCCCGCCGCCCACAACUCGCUGCUGAACCCCGUCAUCUACGCCUUCCGCAACCCCGAGAUCCAGAAGGUGCUGUGGGCCGUGUGCUGCGGCUGUUGCUCCUCCUCGCCGCCGUGCCGCUCCCGCUCCCCCAGUGACGUCUGAGUCGCCCCCCCGCACCUCUCACUCACCCAUGGCAGGGGGAUGCGCUCCGAGCCUCCCUUUCCAUUCCCCGAGGCACAUUGCAGGAGCUCCUGGAACCGAGCAGCUCUUCCUGGCCUCAUCCUUUUUGGGCACAACACUUCCUUUUCAUCUAUUUUUCCACUUUUUGAAUAGAGAGAAAAACGUAUUUUUUAUCCAUAAUAUAAUCUAUAUUUAUGAGUGAGAGAGAGGGGGCAGAUCCUCAUAUUUUCUUUAAAAGUAUUUAUGAUGCUUUAUUUUUUGAAGGGUGGGGAAACACCAGGAACGUUCAUCCCCCUCUUGUUUUUUUUACUACCUUGUUAUUUACCUCAGACAGUCAAAAUAUAUAUUUUUACAUUUGGAGAAGGGGAGGAGAGACUCGUUGCCAGAGGAAGAGGGACUCAAUCCCAUCUCCCCCCACCCCCUUCUCCCAGCCGUCCAUCCAUUUAUUUAUUUAUUGGUAUUUGAAUUAUUAUUUAAUUUGAUUUCCGUGCCUCCCUCCCGCCGCCCAGCGCUGGGCCCUGCUGCCCUCUAGUGCUCGCUGCCUUCAGGAGGGGCUGCCGGAGGCUCUGCACCCCCAAACCCACAAGUUUUGGGGUCCCCUGUGUGUUGCCACCCCCCUCGCGGCACCCAGGGCUCCCCCUGCCAAAGCCUUUCUUUGCACUGGGGUUGGAUUUGCACAUUUCUGCGCUGGGGAAUGGAUGUGAGGGGCCUCUGGUGCAGGGGACCCCUGGAGAUGGGGAUCCCCUGGGGUGGGGAUCCCUCCGGAUGGGGACCCCUCUGGAGGGGGCCUCUCGGUGCGUCAGGGUUGGGGGGGGAGGGGGCUGCUUCUUGUUUACAGCUCUGGGAGGGGAAUAAAUGAAUUUGUGGUAC